AUGCAUGAAGACACCUGCGGUGUGUGCUUUGGCAAUCUGGAGGAGCUGAACGGAGCGAUCGAGCUCCCCUGCAGUUGUAAAGUUCCCUACUGCCAGCGGUGCUGGGACCGCACGCUCGCGACCUCCCUGAGCAACGUGGGCUUGCCACGCUGCCCCAGUUGUCGCGAGGUCAUCCGCGUCGACUACGAUGCCUCCGAGGGGCGCCUGGUCUUCUCGCGGGUGGCCGAUGCAACGGUUCGCUUCGAGAAUUGGCUGGAGACCUUGGAUGACAUCUUGCGACAACACAGCGUCCAGCGCUGCGACGAAGGCUUCAAGUUCAUCGCACGAACUCAAUCGGGCAAGUUGACAAAGCUCUUCGUGAUGUUUGCCUUCCAGGAGACUUGGGCCAAGGCCAAAGGCAGCCUCUGGCCGUUGCUGGAAGGCAAGCGACCGAGCCCAAGUGGCGAUUGGUUUGUCCUGAAUCAUCUCGGUGAGGAGGUCCACUAUCCGCGAGAACCCGCAGAAGAGGAGUUCCCGGUGCAGGUGCGCUACCCAAAGCUGGUGGAACAUCCCAUGACCGAGCUCGAUGCGAACAGCUUUCCGCUCACCUUGACCUUCAAGGAGUACGUGUUGAAUUUGGAGAUGCCGCGGGGCGGCGAGGUGUCCGGCGGCUCGGUGUCGCAGACCUUCGAGGUGGAUGAGGGCCGUCUCUUGGUGCGCGAGGAUGUGGGCAUGGCCCGGAAGUGGAAGGAUCAAACCACUGGUGUUUGCUUGCAUCCGGGCGACAGGAUCUUGGAGGUGAACGGGCUGCAAGAUGUGGAACUCAUUUGGGAGCAGCUGGGCUGUGAAGAGCUGCUGAAGGUCCGCUUGCAACAGCAGGGCAGCAUCUUCAAGACGGACGUCUACAAUGCCCAAGACGACAUGAGAAACCGCUUGCAGCGCCAGGCAAAACCCCGACAGCAGGAGCUGCUGCGGCGGCGGGAGCACUGUGAAGGGGCGCAAAGCUGCGUGUGCGGGGGCGAAUUGGAAUUGCUGCCCUUGCGGCAACGGGUGUCGCUCCUGGUGGAUCAGCAUGGCUUCCUCGAGUAUGCGGGGAAGCGCUUCUCGGUCGAUGACCUCAUUGCCAUGUCCGUGCGCGCCCAGACUGAGCUGGUGCUCUCUAUGGCAAGCUGUGACCUGCGACCUGUGCCAUCAACACAUCCAAGAGGAGAAACUAUGGACUUGUCAGAAUGGUGCCAACACCAUCCUCCACGCGCAGUCCUACGACGUGUGUGUCCAGUGCUUCAACACCUUCUCAGAAAGUGCCGGAAGCGAGAAGCGGGCGAGCUUGGUGAUUGGUGA